AUGUAUAACCCGCAACAACACCACCCUCCGCCCAUGAUGCCGCCCAUGCCUGGCAUGCCCGGUAUGCCGCCACCGCAUAUGCAGCACAUGCCGGGUUUGGUCCCGCCGCCGCCGAGGAUACCGAAGAACCCACCGCCUACUGAGCCAUGCCAAACACUGUAUAUCAGGAAUUUGCCUGAGACGAGGAUGCUGAAAUCCCUCGAAAGCGCCCUCCGGGCAGUCUUUAGCCAAUUUGGCGACAUCGUCGACAUCCGCAUAAAACGUGCCAUCAAGCUGCGUGGGCAGGCGUUCGUGACAUUCAAGCAGGUCGACAGCGCGACUAAGGCGCUGAAGGAGGUGCAGGGGUUCCCUUUGUCUGGCAGGCCGAUGGACAUACAAUACUCGCGGACAAAAUCGGACAAAGUGGCAGAGUUGGAAGGACCAGAUGCCUUGGAGAACUACAAGAGGCAGCGCAAGGAGGAGAAAGAAAAACUCGAGAAAGAACCGGCACAGGUCGAUCCGGCGGCUGUCGCUGCUACCUACGGACCAGGCUAUUACUAUGGCGGAGCGAUGCCCGAAGACCUCCUUCCCCCCAACAGCAUUUUGUUCGUGCAGAACCUUCCAAUCGAAACGACAGAAGCCGUUCUCGCAGCACUCUUCCAACAGUUCCAGGGGUUCAAGGAAGUUCGUCUUGUGCCGGGCAAGAGCGAUAUUGCAUUCGUCGAAUACGAGUCCGAAGCGCAAGCCGGCGUCGCCAAACAGGCCCUCAACGCGUUUAAGAUCAGCCCGGAGAAGGAGAUCAAGGUCACGUAUGCCAAGAAAUGA